GAGCUGGCGGUGCCUGACGGCGCAUCUGACGCGGAGUUGGGUGGAGUAGAGAGUAGGGGGCGGUAGUCGGGGGUGGUGGGAGAAGGAGGAGGCGGCGAAUCACUUAUAAAUGGCGCCGAAGCAGGAUCCGAAGCCUAAAUUUCAGGAGGGUGAGAGAGUGCUGUGCUUUCAUGGACCUCUUCUUUAUGAAGCAAAGUGUGUGAAAGUUGCCAUAAAGGAUAAGCAAGUGAAAUAUUUUAUACAUUACAGUGGUUGGAAUAAAAAAAGUGCUGUGAGGCCCAGGCGCUCUGAAAAAACUUUGAAGACACGUGAGGAUAUUGUAGCCCUUUUUCCUGUUCCUGAAGGAGCUCCCUCAGUACACCACCCCCUCCUGACCUCUAGUUGGGAUGAAUGGGUUCCAGAGAGCAGAGUACUCAAAUACGUGGACACCAAUCUGCAGAAACAGCGAGAACUUCAAAAAGCCAACCAGGAGCAAUAUGCAGAGGGCAAGAUGAGAGGAGCUGCACCAGGAAAGAAGACAUCUGGUCUGCAGCAGAAAAAUGUUGAAGUGAAAACAAAAAAGAACAAACAGAAAACACCUGGGAAUGGAGAUGGCGGCAGUACCAGUGAGACACCUCAGCCUCCUCGGAAGAAAAGGGCCCGGGUAGAUCCUACUGUUGAAAAUGAGGAAACAUUUAUGAACAGAGUUGAAGUUAAAGUAAAGAUUCCUGAAGAACUAAAACCAUGGCUUGUUGAUGACUGGGACUUAAUUACCCGACAAAAACAGCUCUUUUAUCUUCCUGCUAAGAAGAAUGUGGAUUCCAUUCUGGAGGAUUAUGCAAAUUAUAAGAAAUCUCGAGGAAACACCGAUAAUAAGGAGUAUGCUGUGAAUGAAGUUGUGGCAGGUAUAAAAGAAUACUUCAACGUCAUGUUGGGCACUCAGCUGCUCUACAAGUUUGAGAGACCACAGUAUGCUGAGAUCCUUGCAGAUCACCCUGAUGCACCCAUGUCCCAGGUGUAUGGAGCACCUCAUCUACUGAGAUUAUUUGUACGGAUUGGUGCAAUGUUGGCCUAUACACCUCUUGAUGAGAAGAGCCUUGCUUUAUUACUGAAUUAUCUUCACGAUUUCCUAAAGUACCUGGCAAAGAAUUCUGCAACUUUGUUUAGUGCCAGCGAUUAUGAAGUGGCUCCCCCGGAGUACCAUCGGAAAGCUGUGUGAGGGGCUCACUCGCUCAUCUGUGUUUGGAUCUCUGUAAACACAUUUUUGUUCUUAGUCCUUCUCUUGUACAAACUAUGUACUUUGAAGAUGUUAGUGUACAACAGAAUUGAUGUUUGUUUCUGUUUGAUUUUAAACAGAGAAAAUAAAAGGGGUUCGGCUCCUUUUUCCUUUUCUUUCUUUUCAUUUCAAAGUUGCUGCCAGUGUAUUCAAUGAUGGAC